UUUUUUUCCCCCUCAAUCUUGACUCCAGAGUUUUUUUCCUGGGUGUUGCCUGCCUGGACGCCUGGAUAACAACUUUGGAGUUUCACCGGGUGUUGCUGAGAAGAACCGACAAACCCGAUAAUUUCUGCAACGACGACUAUUUAACCAACUUUUUGGACCGCGGUCAAGGCCCCCUCACUUUGUUUACGCUGUACUUUAAUCGACACCGGUCUGGUUUUAUUUUAGCCGCCGUUAGCUAGCUAAGCUAACCGAGCUCGAGCUGCUGGGUUGCUAACGACAGAGGCGUCCGAUGCAGGCCAUUAAGUGUGUGGUGGUGGGGGACGGGGCUGUGGGUAAAACAUGCCUACUCAUCAGCUACACUACCAAUGCCUUCCCUGGAGAGUACAUCCCCACAGUUUUUGACAACUACUCCGCCAAUGUGAUGGUCGAUGGGAAACCAGUGAACCUGGGCCUGUGGGAUACAGCAGGACAGGAGGACUACGACAGGCUCAGGCCUCUGUCCUACCCACAGACAGAUGUGUUCCUGAUUUGCUUUUCACUAGUCAGUCCAGCCUCCUUUGAAAACGUCCGUGCCAAGUGGUACCCUGAGGUGAGACACCACUGCCCCAACACGCCCAUCAUCCUGGUGGGCACCAAGCUGGACCUGAGAGACGACAAGGACACUAUCGAAAAACUCAAGGAGAAGAAGCUCUCCCCCAUCAUCUACCCUCAGGGGUUGGCCAUGGCUAAAGAAAUAAGUUCAGUGAAGUAUCUGGAAUGCUCCGCUUUGACGCAGCGCGGCCUUAAGACGGUGUUUGAUGAAGCCAUCAGGGCGGUCCUGUGCCCUCCGCCCGUCAAGAAGAGGAAGAGGAAGUGCAGAAUAUUGUAAUGGAGAACCACAAGGCGGAGAGAAUACGGUUGCCAUCAGAAUUCGGAGGAAGACGAUGGCUGGGUUCCCCAAAUAUCUAUUCACCCCCUGUGUCCUUGCUUACAUAGAAGCUCUGGUAGAUCAGACCUCCAUCUGAAAGGACUUCACAGACUUAAGCAGCGCUGAUGGUUUUCUGUUUGCUUCAGUCUGCCUAGUCCUUUCAGAUUGACAGGAAUGAAGUGACUUUGCUAAGGCCUUGGGGAAGUUGGAGGGGAGGGGGUUUGGGAUCUGGUCUUGAUUAAGGAGAAAGAGGGAGGAUUUUACAAAAGAAACAAACAUUCAUUUCAUUUUUCUCUGACAUUGUGAAGAAACACUACUUGAAUGUGAUUUUAUCAUGAAGUUACCGUAGAUUAAACUCUAAAAGAGAAGGAGGUUCUGCACUGCACUCUUUCCCCUACACACUAAGAGAUUCCUGCUGCCUUGAUGAAAUUUUACUUUAAGGAAAAACAUGUUUUUAGAAGCUCUAAUUUCUCCUUUUUUUUUCCAUUGUCAGUUUUUUGUCAGCUGUGGUUGACGGACCAUUUUGUUUACAUGUGUCAUCAGACUAGACUGAGGCGUUGCCAAAACUCAGUCAGCCGUCAUCACUUUGUAGUCACUCCAUGAACACUAAAAUGUCCCUUUCUUUUAAUUUUGUUUUAACCUGUAUGCGAUACCACCAUGCAGUCAUGUGGAAAACAGUUUAACCCUUAAAUGACUUCUAACAAUUGUUGUAGCAGCUAUUAAGAUGAGUAAUAACGACUAUGUACAAUUAACGAGCAUUUAAAACACCGUAAUUAUCUUGUUUUGUUCCUAAACGCUUUCUAGAUUAAUCUAUUGCUCUCUUCUCGCUUUGUGUUAAGUGAACACACAGUAUUUUAUGACUGACUGUCGGGCAUGUGAAGGUGCAGUGCAGCCAGUGUUGUCAUGCUGGUUGAUUCUCAAUCUAUCUGUAAAAAAAAGUUAUCACCAUUUCAGGUCCUCAUGAAGUUCCUGCUCAUUUUGACCACAUCUAUUACUGUUUUAUGAAGUCUACAAGCCAGUGUAUUAGCACUAAAAAGGUUGCAACUGAAUUUAAUGUCUUUGUUGUACAAUAUGGGCAGUAGCUUUUCAGCAAAUACAUUUUAUUUUGAAACGAGCAAUGAUCAAAUUGCAUGGCUGCUCUGGGGAACCGCUGUAAAUCUGGACUCAUUUUAUCAGUGUUUCAAUGGCGCAGUGGAAGUGCACACUUGGAUUUACUUUAAUGCUAAAUGUGGUUUCAUUUUCACAUAGUAAUGUGCUGAUUUUUUUUAAAAAGCAAAUAAAUUCAUUGAAAAUG